AAUCAGUCAACUUUUGGUACAGAUAAGAGUGGUCGCUCAUGUGGUGCCCAAGGACAGGUUUGUUAAACAAAAUAUUUUUAUUUUUUAUUUUUGACGAGCUUAAGGGUACCUGCUCGGGGCUUUAAGUUUAAAAAACGGCCGUUUUUUUGCGAUUUUUACAAUUUUUUAAAGCCUGAGCAGGGACCUUAGACAACAAGCAAUCUUCAUUUUUUUUCUUCCUCUGUUAUCUACAUGAUGUAUACUAACAUAUAAAAAACCACUCUUCUUGAUAUCUAAACCCUAUUAUUAAAAAUAAAAUAUUGAAAAUGUAGAUUUUCAAAAAAAAACACGAAAAAUUUGUAUUUUCUUCUUGACUCCACUAACUUUCCUAUUGGUCUGUACUGUGAUGAAAAGUUAGUUCAAGAACUAACAGAUGGAAAACGCCUGAAAAAGGACAGGAUUGCAAUUUCAGUGAGAAUUGAUAAUCAGACAGAGCUCCUUGGAAUCCCUGGCAAUGAUUCUGGUACUGGUGAAGCCCAAGUAGAGCUAAUGAAACCACUUCUGGAGCAGUAUAAUCUAAUGGAUAAGAUUAAAUUCAUGUGUUUUGAUACAACUGCAUCAAAUACAGGACAACAUUCUGGUGUCUGUACCAGAAUUGUUAGGCUGAUUCAGAACCCAAUUCUUCAUUUUGGGUGUAGGCACCAUGUUAAUGAACAUCAUGUAGUUCAUUUUUGGAAGAAUUAUCCUGGAAGUAAGACCACUGUUCCUGAUAAUCAAUUGUUUAAAAAGUCGAAACCCUAAUGGAACCACAUAGAUACUGGCCUAAAAACUAAACUUAACAAACUUGUCAUACACCCUGGCUCCUUUCUAUCUGAGGCAAAAUCAGAAGCUCUGCAAGUUGCCAAAAAUAUUAUCAACUUCGAUGUGAUGAACCGGGUACAUUUACUUAUAUCAUCUCAGAAAUUUAUUUUAAUCCACUUAACAAUUAACAUUCAAUUUAACAGCAAAUUAUCAUAAAUUGUUGAUCAGGGGGGAAAUGGAAGCGUAGGGACUAUAAAGAACUUGCAGAACUAGUAGUAAUGGUCUUGUCAGUGGAUAUUAGGUUCAAGCUACAUAUACCUGGAGCCCUUCACAAUGCCCGGUUUCUGGCUAAGGCCAUAUACUUAUUGAAGAUGUUUCUACUAAUUGAACAUGUUCCUGGCUUAACAAAUGAUGAGGAGAGAGAGGUCACAGAGAUGGCUACAUUUAUCAGUCUGUUUUAUCCAGAAUGGUUCUUGAGAGCUGAAAUAUCUAACAUAGCUCCAGCUCAGGACAUUAAAGCUCUCUGGCAGAUGAGCAGAUUUAAGGAGUUUAACCUAGACUCUGCAAUCUGCAUCAACAACAAUAACAUCCAUACUUCGACACAGUUGGUAUCUGGACCCAGCAGUAGUUGUUUUUGCUUUGGCAGCUGAAGAUUAUCCUAACAGAGGGGAAAUGACCAAGAAGCUAUUUUCUAUACCUCGUCCAGAGGAUUUUCCUCUGGAUAGGCAGGGCAGUCCUGGAUGAUCUUUGACAUGCUUAAACAUAACAGGGCUGAGAUCCAGUGGAUGAAACUUCCUCCUGAGUUCUGGAAUACCCAUGAUUUCUACUGUGAGU